AAUUAAUUAAUUGGACCUUGUUUAGAUCAAGUAUCUUGUUUUUAUCCAAAAAAUGUUUCGUGUUAAAAAUAUUACAAAAAGCGGAGAGAAAGUCAACAAAAAAAAUUUUUUUUGCUUGAAACCUCUGAUAUAGCCUCGUAUAAAAAAUUCAGAUCCCUUCUUUAUGUAGAAUCGAGUUCGAAUAACGAUGUAAUUAACUGUGUAACAUGCAUAUGUGUGGAAUUUUUAUUUAGAUCUAAAAGCAUCUUCAGAUUAAAGUCCGCACGAAUAGCGCAAUCUGGAUGAUUAUAUUUACUGAUGAACACAUAAUAUUUUUAACGGCCAGUAAAUAGAUGUAAAAAGAAUUACGAAUACUCGCAAACUGACGCAUGCGAAAAGGAGGAGGAGAAAAGGAGGAAUCGUCAUAACAGAAGCCCACGUCAGAGUCUGUUACUGUGCUCUCUUCGUUAAUUUUAGUACACGCUUCACUACUGUCUAGUUUCGCAAAGACGAUAGUCGCGCGUGCGUGCAAUAAUGAUAUCGGGCCAAGAACACCGAACAGUGUCACAACAUUGAGCAGGUGAUCCGCAAUCAACGAGCUAAUAUCGGCAAAUAAACUUCAGAAUCUCUUCUCGCUCAGCAAUUAAUAAUGAUGCUCAUUUAUCUUCUAAUCUUUUGUUAUAUUUUAAGUUCAGCAGUAAGCAACCCAACCACGUGGCUGAUGCAGGGCGACGUAUUCACCGACGACGAAGCGAGGUCCCGACUCAUCGAAUUGGACAGCCACGAGUCGUAUACUCCAGUGAGUACCAGAGCGGAGAUGUACUACUGGGCCCGACCGGGUAAGGUUAUCAGCUGUGUGAUAGCCGCGGCUGUCAAUCAGCGCGGCCACGUGAGCAUAGUCGAGGGCGGUUACAGAGCCAAGAAGGUCCUGAUCCGUUACAUGACGGAUAAUGGCGAAAAAGAUGUCUUUUACGUUCUCGUGCAGGCCGCGAAAAGGGAAUCGGUGUUUGUUGAGCAGAAUGCCGUGAAAACCUCAAGACUGGGCAUCGUCUACGAGCCCAUUAGAAAUUGGUCACUCGCAGAAAUACAGAACGCCUUACGCAACAGUACCGACAUUUUUCCAUAACGGGAUGCACCGAUUUUAAAUUUAUUCAUGAACCAAUGAUGGCAUUUUAUAUAAUACUUGGAAAGCUAGUGUUGUUUGUUGUAAUACUUUUAUAAUGUUUCUACAAUGCGCAAUGCCGUAAAAGCCAAAGAUUUUUCUACAUAUAUUUUUCAUACUUUUGUGUGAAACUAAUGUACAAUAUAUUGACACUUUUGUGAUACUAAUGUGCAAGAUCUGCCAAAGAGCGUUAUUUUUUAAAAAUGAAAAUAAUUUUAAAAACAUCCGUACAAACAUGUGGUGUUCCAUAUGAUUUUCCCUACAGGUUUUAUAAUUGCAAUCUUCUUUCCCUCUUUAAUAAAUUGUUAACCCUUAAUACUCUAGGUUACUGUAACUCGGACAUUAAUUUUAUUUGAGUUAAAAUGCACCAGAGAAAUACGAAAACAAUUUUUAUAUGUGUUAACAUUUUUAUAUGUCAUCAUUUUAUUUUUUAGUAUUUUAACCCAAACAUAAUUGGUUGCUACUGCGCAUCCUUGGGAAUAAAUUAUUUUUCUUUUUACAUCAUGGCUUUAGUGCCAAAAACACCGAGUAUUCAAAUCGAAAAUAUUAUAUAUAAUUCCUCUGUUUUAAAGCUGAAGUAGCUCCUUAAAUUAUAAAAAAAUUUCAGAUUUUAUCUAGUGACAUAAAAUUGUAUUUUUUUUUUCUUUGAUUUUGCAUUGUAAGAAGGAAUUAGAUUGUUUUAAGUAAAUUAACUUAUUAAAUAAUGAGCACAAAUUUCACAUAACAUUGUUUUAAUUUAAAAUGUUUUCAAACAUAAUAUAAAAGUCUAAAACGUUUGAGAAAUAUUUAAAACGCUUUUUAAAUGUUUCUACAGCGCUUCUUAUAUAAAUUGUUCAGCUGAAGAAAUAAAGUUCAACAGUUCGAAUGGUUGAAUCUUCCCAUAUAAUUAUCGUCGCCAUGAUACGCUCAUUUGCAGCAGAUAACACAUCAUUUUACUUCCCCUGACAGAGCAACCAUGUAAUUGCGCAUGUUUUUGCCAAUGUAAUUAUGCAAAAUAUGCGUUAGUAGACGCUUAAGUGAGAUAUCGAAGCUCAGCAGUUUAAUCAAGAUGUACGUUGCAUAGUUAAUAUAAUUGUUUAAAAAUCUCUU